AUGCGCUCCUCGGCCUCGGGUAAACUCACAACAGCACUUCAGCCAACACAGAGCUCCCCCCAGGGUCAGAAGAGAAGAUUCAUGGGAUGGAGCUGCCGAGGAGCAAGAUGCCGGACUGCUGGGAUACCAGGUACAGGCUUCCCGGCCCAGUGCAAGGCGGACGCUCCCGCAACCAAAGUCGAAGCAACCUGCAGCAAGGAUCGCGAGAGGGACAGGCAGCUGAUGCCCCCGCCUCCUGGACUUCCAGUACCGACCCAGAAAGACGGCGAAGACAAACCAUUUCCCCGCUCGUCCUCGGCCUUGGACGGUGAGUAUCCCAGCAGCAGCUGCUGCUUAUCCAAUCAGAAGUCAGGAGUGGGCCCAUUCCGGUUAUUUUUUGCUUUAAAAGGUGCCUGUGACCUAUGUGCACUCGAGGCAGCCAUCUUGUCUGCUUGGCCAAAGUCUCGGCUCGGCAACGGCGCCAACGAAUCGGCCCGAGACUUUCAGCACAGCACACAAAAAGCAGCUCCCUCCGUGGUGUGGAGGCGACAGGGACUCUUUAAAAAAAAUCCCUUGGCCUCAGAGCCAGGCCAUUGUAUA